AUGGAUGCCUUACUUGCUAAGCUGGGAGCUCAGGCGAUGAACAUGGCCAUAAGGUCAGGCAUUGCUUUGACUUCAACCUACGCCUUUUCUCAGUGUUCGCGUCUCAUGAAGACUGUAGAUGACAGAGGUGUGGUCUCUCCUGCAAUUGAUCUUAUCGAGUUCAAGUCGGGAAGAGGAAAUGCCUUCCUCGAGUCAGCUUUACCCCUGGCUAAGGGUCUUCACCAGGACAUCAUUGCUCUUGGCCGUCGGGUAGAGCACGCUGCCGAAGCAGGUGAAGCACCUUGCGGGUCUUCAAAAGGCAGCACCGACGGAGAACAGCAACUUGGCGAGCUUAAGGCAAUCAUCAACGACAUGAAGGAUCUCCUAGCCCGAAUCGACAGGGAUAUCCCCCUCUUGCACAUGGCAAUCACCGCGUCGGGAGAGAGUCUCAAUUCCUCAAUGUCUCCAAGUAUAUCUCCAUCCAGACUAUUGCAAGCUGGCAUGUUUCUCACCUUCGGGGAUACUCAGUACGCCGCCGACCCUUCUCGACCUGUGCAAGUAGGGCCUGCCUUUACAUUAUCACUCUAUAUGCUCUUUCUGGGCCAUUCUACAACCCGUCCCGAAGCUCGACCGCAGCAAGGAGCACAGUCGCCCCAAACCCCCCAGACACCUCAAAGGAGCUUCCUGGGAGAGCCAAGAAAUUCCUACGGAUUUGAUGAAGACCAGAGGAAACCCGUGUGGCAGGAGGUCAUUCACAAGGCUAGGGUGCGACUUUGCAGAACACCCAUGGGCCAUGUGUUUGACGCGGAUAAGGGUUUUCAGCCACCACAGAGAAUGAAAGAGAACUUUGGACCAUCAGACCACUUCGGUUCUUCUCACUCUAGAGGGCAUCAUAAUGAGUAUGCAUAUCACUUGGAGAUAAUAGAGGACUUGGAUGACGGUCGUGCUCACGACGAUUCCGGGCAAGCUGCUCCCUACGACGAAAUCAGCUGUGCAGGAAUCAGGGAAUCCAUACCGAUUCAUCAGAUCUCCAAAAUCUUCUAUGCAGACACCGGUCGCAUUCUCAACAUUGGCAGUGACGGCUUGGACAAUAAUCCCAUUCUGUUGUUAAAACGGGACGCCCUAGCGAAGCCUCCAUCACAAAUUCAGAAAGAGAUGAUGGCAUAUAGAGACGAUAACAUAUCAAAUACAGGUGCUGGUUCUGAGAGCAGUUCGGAUGAACAGGAGGACGUUGACCGACAACUUCGUGAAGAGAGUGCGGCAUUAGACGUUUUGGAUGAACUGCCCAAGUUGCCAACAGCCCCACCCCGAAGGCAGUUUCCCAGCCAUCUGGACCCGGAAUGGAUCGCGCUGGAGGUCUUUGAAGAAGAUUACAUGGAGAGCAGUGAUACGGAAGACGAAGAUUUUGUGGAAGAGGAAGGCAAGCUGCUAGCGGGCCCCGCACUAGCGUUCAACGCAGCAGCACCAAAGGUUGACACUCGACCGACAAGAUCCUCGUUGGAUUCGAAUCUUGUGGCUCAAAUCCAAAAUAUGUCUCUGCACUCUUCGCCUUCCACAAGAGACAUGCACAUGCCUUCGCGGCCGUCUCACCAACGUUUGGCACAUCAUAGAGUGGACAAUAGCGACUCGUUUGUUCAAAGAUCACCCUUCGGCGCCGUCACCACAUCUCUCUCCUUGAUGGAGAUGCUCAUAAGGCUUACAAGCUUACAAGAGUUUCAGCAAGCCUCACAUCUGACGAUUCAUGAUCAUAUUCUUACAUUCUUUCUUGAGGAGACAUCCACGACUGGGUUGAAAGGAGAGGAGAGGUUGAGGGCUAGGACAGAAGCGAAGCGUCGUGUUGGUUUUGAUCCGUACACUGAUACCCCAUCUAGAUGA